AGAACGUCGGACGCAUCUGAGGUCCAAUUUCAGGAGCACCUAUAUCGGUAUGAUACCACACUGAGCAACGCAAAAAUAAAGAGAUAACGUAUAUCCGAUGGUCAAAUAGCUUCUUCCAAAGGUACCAAUAUGUCAAAGACUUAUACAUAUUUCGGAGGAGUUCCUCCAAACUUAACAGACAUAUUUAUUGAAUCAAUGUCAUCUACGGAACCGCCUAUUCAGUCGUCAUCUACAUCGAUACCAUCCUCUCUUGAAGUUUUCAAAGUUCAAUAUGCGGCUAUGCAUGGAUACGUCAGCGCAUUUGUUUGUGUCUUUGGGAUCGUAGCGAACCUUGCUAAUAUUGUGGUCCUUACGAGAAAAAAUAUGAUUACGUCGACAAACUUGAUUCUUACAUGGCUGGCAGUUACAGAUUCAUUAAAGAUGGCUGAUUAUCUAAUGUUUGCAAUAGAAUUUUACAUAUUGAAAGAUUCAAAUCUGCCAUAUUUAGCAGUAAGGAAUAUCCAUUCUGUCCGAUUUCUAUUAUUCCAUGCAAGUUUUGCUUUAGUUUGUCACAAUAUUGCAAUAUGGCUUACAAUAUCUCUGGCAACAUUUCGGUUUUUGUAUAUAUGGUUUCCAACCAGGGGAAUGGUGUGGUGUUCAAUAGAACGAGCUAAAAUAAUGGUUGCGCUUGUGUACAUAAUUGUUAUUGUAAUCUGCAUACCAAAUUAUAUGAUGAAUUUUAUUGGACCCCUUCCUACUCCUGCCAGUUUCACGGGAAAUGCAACAGAGGAGGUUUGGACUGUGCAUAUGGUAAAAGAAGGAAAUGCCUUACACACAAUUAAUUUCUAUAUUCAGGCAAUAAUGAUCAAGCUAGUGCCAUGUGUAAUGUUGUCGAUUUUAACAUUUCUUCUCAUUUAUGCUAUGCACAAAGCAUACAAAAAACGACUUGCGCUUAUGAACCAGGGCAAGAAAGAAGAAUCCGAUCGACACCAUGAACAUAAUCGAACAACUGGAAUGCUGCUUGCAAUUGUUGUUUUGUUUUUGAUUACGGAGCUUCCUCAAGGCGUUUUAAGUUUACUGAUUAUAUUUAUACCAGAGUUACAAAACAGCGUUUAUAACCAAAUCGGAGAUGUCCUAGAUAUUGUAGCACUGUGUAAUAAUGCCAUUAAUUUUGUAUUAUACUGCAGUAUGAGCAAACAAUUCCGAGAUACAUUCGUCCGAAUAUUUUGUAAAUGCUGUCCACUCGGAAAACCGAAUCUGUCUCGACUGAAAUUGAUCACCAACAAUAGAAAUGGGCAUACGAACUACGAUACUAAUUCACAGGCAACUUAUGUAUAGAGAUUGAAUAUUUUUUUCUUAGAAAGAUGCCAAAAUACGUAGUUAUCUGUGAUAUGUAUUAUUAGGAUUAGAUGUGUUCAUUCUGUUUUUCCAUGACUUUUUUGCAACGGUUAUCGUAUGUUUUAAUGCUACAACAAAGAAGUGAAUUAAAUAAUAUAUUCCUGCAACAUUAGCAACAUAAAUGUAAAAAAAUAGUCAUCAGUGUUAAACAUAGCAAUAAAUAUUUUAAAUUCGACUGAAUGAUAUAAACAAAUUAGAUGUCUUCAUGAAAAUAUGUCGAAUACCCUAUAAUAAUAGUACAGCAGCAAUAAACAACAUCUCAGUUUACCAGAUAAUGCCACUAAAUAUUUAUACAGUUUUUCCAGCUUAUGGAAAUAAGACAAAUAGAUAUGAAUCUUUUAUUGUCGGGUCAUUAGCAUUUCGAUCGUUUUUCCCAGUUUACAACACAAACUUAUGAUAAUGAUAUCAUACGAAGCUGAAAGUUCUUGCAAGACAACGUACUUUAUGUGAAAAAUCUUUUUUUUAUCAGAACUUCCUAUGCAUCACGAAAUCGGCAAAAUAUUCUACGAAAUUAAUUGAAUAGUAAAAUGUCUAACAAAACACAGAAUUCCUUAAAUGAUUUCCUUUUUAAUGUAGGAAAAACCGCACAAAAGUCUGAUUGUGAACUAAGUUACAGAGGAAGACGCUUUUUAUUUAAAAAUACUUUAUAUGCCAUUACUGUGUGUGGAUUUCUAUUUUUUUUUAUCACAUACCACAAACAAAUUGUAUAUAAAAAAGGAAAUACAAUUUUUAGAUAGGAAAAACUCUCGACCACGCAAUUUUGUUAGUUUACUGCACCUUAAUUCAGUAUACCCGAAAAAUACAAAAAGACAAUUUCACAACUAAUUCGAUUGACAUUUUCAAAACCAAAUGAAAUCCGUGGCUUUAGACUGAUACACAGUAAGAGUCUGUUUCAUUAUGACAGAAAUUCUAGUACUUAGUUUUAGACUUUACGAAGUUAGAUAAAAUUAAAUCAUGAAACGCCACACCAAAUUUUAACUCGGCUUGUUAAUUUCAACUUUUGGAUUAUUAUAGCCAAGUUUCAACUGUCAUCUAACACGUAUAAUGUACCUGUGUUAAAACUAAAAACACUUCCUUAGUCAGUAAUUGGCUGUUUUGGGAACUGAAUUGCUCUUGAACUGACACUGCUUACUAACCUACAUUCCAUAACCUAAUCAGGAUACCAGUUUCGUAAUACAUGUUUAUCAACCAUACACCGUUACAUUGUAACUUACCAGUAAAUCUGAAUUUGGGUAAAGUGGGAAAAUGUAUUUCUCUUUUUACUUCAAUAAAUGGAGUUUAUCAAAUUCCAAUAAAUAUAUUUCACACUAGCGAAAUUAAAAUGUUUUUCAAUAAUUACUUCAAUUCAGAAUAUUAAUGCUGCAUUUCUGGACUUUGAGGUUUGAAAUCGUCGUAUUUCAUGAAUACGAAUGCUUAAAACUGCAGUUUCAAUAGUAUUUGUAAAUCUGUCUGGUUGAUUAAAAUGAAUAAGAAGGACAUUCAAAAUUAAAACCAAAAUCACAUUGAAGGUAAAGCAAGGUUUUACGUUCAGAUAUAAAUUGAGGUUUCACAUAACAUUUGAUACAAUUACGAUUUGAUCUUAGGAGUGAAACAAAUGCACCUGGGAAAUAUGUCUUAUCAAUUUACAUUAUUUAUUACGAAAUUUGCUGCUUAGCAAUACACUUUAUUUAUUUAGAUCAUGGUUCAUUGUACAUGUAUGUACGAAUAUCUUUUAUCAAUA